AUGCCUCUAGUUAGUGAUGUUGAUGAAAUCAUUGAAACCGAAGUGUGUAAUCGUUUAAUUCGUCUUUCAUGCGCCAAAAUGGUUAAUUCCAAAAGUGAACGGGGUGGUGCAAAGCUGCAUCGGAAUUUAUUAAUUCUGCAUUUAUUGAGGAGGGCUCGUGAUGAACAGAAAAGGUUUCCGAUGUUCGCAAAUAGUUCCGAGUGGGUAGAAGAACCGAGAUUAGCAGAGAGCUCUAUGAUGGUGCUACAUACAGAUCCUAUGCCGGCUUUGGAUACAUUUUCUUCGUCUCAUUAUGUUGAUGUAGAUGACGAAGAGGAUGAAAUGGAUGAUUUCGAUUAUGAGAGUGCAGAUGAAGACACAACUCACCUGCUGGAUUUAUCCAAAAAUCAUGAGCCAAUGCAUUUGGAUAGUAACUGUAGUGAUUUGGUAAAACAGGAACAAAUCGAAUUUGGUUAUUCGACACUUCGUCUUGCACCGUUACAGUAUACGUUUGCUGGUCCAGAAAUGUACGGUAUGGAUGAAACAACAACCCAGCAACACAUGUAUAAUGACUCUACAUCUCUUCCAGAUAUAUAUUUCUCGGAAGACAUCAUUUCAUCGCAGUUGUUUAGCGAGCAAGCAAAAGAAAAAGAAGUGGAGCAGGAAUUUGCAGCGCAUAAAUCAGGUCGAGAUUCUAGCUUUGAUUGUUUAACAGUUUCUGCCGACACAGCUGCUUCUGUGGUUCCAGAAUCUGUUACGGAUAAUGUUUAUUCAUGUGCCACUGAUGAUGAAACUGAGGAGAAUGGAGAUUUUGGAAGUAGUUCAUUAUGUUCAACGACUCCUUUGCACCAUCGAAAACGUAAAACAUCUGCACUUCGUUUGCCGUCUUCAUGUAGUAUAAAGAAAUGCUGUGUUGAAGAACGUCAGUUAACGGGCUUGAUUUCUGUGUUCAACUCAGGCCUUAAUGUUGUUGCUGAUCAGUUUCUCACUCGACCAGGUGUUUCCAACGUUUCUUCACUUCAGCAGACUCCGAAGCAGAUUAAUUCGUUUAUACAUAUUACUUGUAACCCAUUGAUCUGUUAG